AUGGGGAGGGGGGGUUGGUCGGGUGAGGUCUUGUUUCCUGUAACGGAAAACGGAGGCCACAUCCAGCCCCGCCGGUGGAGAAACCAGGGCGGCCACGAUGGCUUCCUCGCGGCGGAGAAUGGAGAGAAACGGAGAGGCGUAAUAGUGGGUUAUUGCAUAGACGCCGCGACGGGCACGCACCAGACCCCCAGGAUUUACGGCCCACGAACGCCGCCGUCUGCUCUCUCCCGACGACCGCGAUUUCAUUCUGUUCUCUUCGGAUUCCCGUCCCCUCCCCUCCAACUCCUGGCCCCUCCCGGCUCGGGCUGGACAUGGAAGCCCGAAGCCCGAAGCCCGCGGCGCCGCUCCGGCUUCCCCCCCGCCCUGGGGACGAGGGACGACGAGGGGAGGGUUGUCGACAUGGCGAACUGGGAGAUGCCAGAGUCCCGUUCCCAUCAGCUUCAUCUUUUCCUGCUCCCCCACCGUUUGACCCUUCUUCUCGUGGCUAUCCACUGGUCUUUGCCUGGCGGUCGGCCAGCCAGCCAGCCAGCCAGCUUACUAGCACUGCUACACUCGCUUUCCUUGUGCAGAGUCCAGGCAGCUCCUCCUGCGAUCCUUUCCAGGGGUCUGGGGAAUGGAAUGGGAACUGGUGUUGGUGGUGGAACACACGGGCCCCCAGGAGAGAGAGUCCAGACCGGUCGAUGCGCCCAGCUGGGGCCAGAGAUGCGCCUCACGCAGGUUGUUAUCUGCUUCUUCUUGACUUCCACUCUAUGCCAUGCGUCGCACCAGCAAGGGGAUGCCGGGCUUCUUCAGCCUUCUCUCUCUAUCUCUCACUCUCACUCUCGUCCGAUGAGCCUGGAACUCGACUACUCUGUGCAGCGUGCGCCCCGUCCGGGCGAGCCUCUCGGCCUUGAAAGCAAGCAAUGGGGGGGGGUGGUGGUGAAGCGUGGCGGCGGCACGAUCUGGCCUUGCCUCGUCCCAUGCCGUCCUUACCUCGGGCCUCGACAUGCGUCAACCGUGGCCGUCUCGCCAACAUGGUGGGGGAAGAAGGGGGACCUCGGUACGGAACGCAAUGGCAUUCUCGAUCUUGACGAACCAGGCGUGCCUUUCUACCAUCCUCGACACUCUUGA